CUCUAUCAGAACCACAGCAGACAUCGUUGGCAACAAACUAGAUUCAUUUGCCACAACUUAAAAGCGCUGUCGUUGCAGCCUGCCUUUGAAGUCUGGUUUGUUGGACUGAAAAAUUCAAUCUUUUUUUUUUCCUCUCUAUUUGAGUGUCUCCAGCUGUUAGCUGGAUACAACUAUUCCACGCCUAAACUUUUGGAACUGGUGCAUUGUUUGAGGCUAAGGGAGACAAAUGAGAAUGGGGGUGUAUGAGCCUAAGACUGGGGAGUUUAGUGUGGACAGGGGCAUACUGGACGAGCUCAGACUGGACGAGGUGGCCCGAAAACGGACAGGUCCACGAGGGCCCGCUCUGAAGGAGCGACUGCGGGAAUCAGCUCGGUGUUCUCUGCCCAAGCUGAAGGUCUGGCUCUUCUCCUGGCUCCCCAUCCUGUCCUGGCUACCGCGCUACAAAAUCCGCGAGAAUGGCCUGGGGGACCUCAUCUCUGGCGUCAGUGUGGGAAUCAUGCAUCUGCCGCAAGGCAUGGCGUAUGCUCUGCUGGCCUCACUGCCACCAGUCUAUGGGCUGUACACGUCCUUCUACCCCGUACUCGUCUACUUUAUCUUCGGCACCUCCAGACACGUCUCUGUAGGUACAUUUGCUGUCAUCAGCAUCAUGAUUGGCAGUGUGUGUGAGCGGUUAGCACCUGAUGCUAACUUCAUGGCUAACAUAACAAGUAACGGGUCCGCUGUGGGAGAGAUGGGAGAGGUGGAUAAAGCAGCCAGGGAUGCAUACCGUGUCCAGAUAGCCACUUCUAUCACCUUACUCAGUGGAAUCUUCCAGGUGUUGUUGGGGUUGGUGAGAUUUGGCUUUGUGGUGACGUAUCUGUCAGAGCCGCUGGUCAGAGGCUACACCACAGGAGCAGCCACACAUGUGGUCGUCUCUCAGCUGAAGUACCUGUUUGGGAUCAACCCCAAGCGCUUUUCUGGGCCGAUGUCCCAAGUUUAUAUACUGAUUGACCUCUGCUAUGAGCUACCUGGUACCAACAUCCCCACUCUGGUGGUCAGUCUGGUGGCCCUGGCUGUCAUGAUUAUCGUCAAAGAGUUAAACGCCUGCUACAGCAAAAAGCUACCGCUGCCCAUUCCUAUUGAGCUUAUCGUGAUAAUAGGAGCAACAGUGAUCUCAUAUUAUGGGAAUCUCAAUCAGAUGUAUGAAAUUGAUGUGGUCGGGGUGAUUCCAAGUGGCCUGGUGCCCCCGCGUGUGCCUGACCUCAGCCUGUUCCCCUCGGUAGUGGGUGAGGCCUUCGCCAUAGCAGUGGUGGGCUAUGCCAUCAACAUCUCCUUGGGCAAGACUUUUGGCCUGAAACACGGCUAUAAAGUAGACAGCAACCAGGAGCUGGUAGCGCUGGGUCUCUGUAAUACGGUGGGUGGCUUCUUCCAGUGCUACUCCGUCACCACCUCUCUGUCUCGCAGUCUGAUUCAGGAGAGCACAGGAGGAAAGACACAGGUGGCUGGGGCCAUUUCUGCUCUAAUUGUGCUAGUCACAGUGCUGAAGCUGGGUUCGCUGUUUGAGGAACUGCCCAAGGCUGUGCUUGCCACCAUUGUGUUUGUGAACCUGAAGGGGAUGUUCAAGCAGUACAUGGACAUCCCCAUGCUGUGGAAGAGCAACAAAGUAGAUCUGCUGAUAUGGGUGGUGACGUGCAUCUGUACAGUUCUGCUCAAUCUGGACCUGGGUCUGGCAGCCUCCAUCGCAUUCAGCCUCCUCACUGUCAUCUUCAGAACACAGCUUCCAAAGUAUUACCUGCUUGGCUGGGUGCCAGGGACGGAACUCUACCUGGACACCGAGACCUAUGAGGAGGCCAAGGAGAUCCCGGGCAUCACUAUCUUCCGCUCCUCUGCCACUGUGUAUUAUGCCAACGCUGAGAUGUACAGAGACGCCCUGGAGGACAAGAGUGGGAUCAAUAUCAACAAGCUGCUGAAACAGAAGAAGAAGCAGGCCGCAAAGCAGCAGCGUUUACAAGCCAAAGAGGAGAAGAGAGCCCAGAAACAGAAAACAAAAGAGAACGGAGCGGUCAGCGUCGCGGCCAACGGAACGGCGCAUCCCGUCCACAAGGAGACGGACUCGGUCCACUGGCGCGGCUCGAACGCCGACCUGCAGAAGGGCAACGGCGUGGCACUGCACAGUGCCAACGGCUGCGUCAACAAGGGCUUCGAGCAGGAGUCAGGGACGCACACGUGCGACGUGGGACACGACACGAUGUUGGAGGAGGGGCGGAGCGCGGAGGUGUCCAGCGGCUCCUGCAAACACUCCAUCAUCCUGGACCUGUCCACUGUGGGCUUCGCCGACACCGUCGCACUCAAGACCCUGAAAAAUAUAUGUCGGGACUUUGGUGAGGUGGACAUGACUGUGUACCUAGCAGGCUGUCAAGUGUGUGUUGUCCGACAGCUGGAACGAGGGGGCUUCUUCUCUGCCUCCAUCCCUAAGAGUCGCCUGUUCCCCUCCAUUCAUGACGCAGUGCUGCACUGCCUCAACCACAUGGGCAAAGACCUACCAAGCUAUGACUGUGCACUGGAGAUGGCCUGUGGUACUCAGCUGUGACCAACAGAGGUCAGACUGGACUCUUCCUCCCUGUGCCCUCUCUCCCUCCCUCCAUCACUUGUUUGCUCCACGGUGUUCCAGCCAGCACAGAAAGGCACUGGGUUGCCAUGAGAACUAAUGGGGGUGGUUACCAUGGGAUCCACUGUUUUCUUCCCUCCUUUUCCCGCCAUUUUGAUGCUAUUUUAUUAAUGCUCUGGCAAAGUCAAUGGAUGUGGUAUCCAAACAGAAGUUUUGCAGAUGAGAAAGAGGGGAUAGAGAUGUAUAGAGAGAGAACAGACAGAAAGAGCACAGGAGUAAAGAGAUAAGGCUGAGAGGCUGGGAGUUGGAGGAGGAGAAAGAUGGGGACGGCUGCCCAUGAAGACCACCAUUGUGGGGGCGAAGGAAGGAGCUGCCUUUGGAUGAGAACGAGCCAGAGCAUCUCUGACUCCUAACACAGACUCACAUUCGUCUUCAGUGAUCCUCAGAUCCAGAUUUAGUCUUAAAGUCACUGUUGUGCAACACAGAGAGCCAAGUCCCACCAACUAACCAGAAACGUCCCUCAGGGAAACUAGCUCAUUAUAAAUUACCCUCGAUUAGAGCAGGGAAAUCUCAGGGUACUGAAAGUACUAAAUGUGAAACCUCAUUUGUAGUAUGCAUAGACGUGUAGAGGGGGAAAUAUACUGAUCCAGAGAUAACCAGUGAAGUGCAAAUGUUUGUAUAUUGACACUAUAGCAUUUUUGUUCAACGGUGCACUCUUCUGUGACCCUUUUGAAAUGUGAAGGAAGCUGUGAUUUUGUUACACAUUUAUGGAGCAUUACUUUGAAAUUGAUUAGUUUCUUACAGGAUUUUUUUGUAUGUUUUAUUGCUUUCUUUACUCAACCCUGUAAAGGUUGAAAUUUCAAUAAACGUUUGGCUUUUUUUGUAAA